AAGCGCGUUGAAAACAAGAGCAGCAAAGCGAGAAGAACUUUCUUGUAAAUAACCUUGCUUGUGUGCCUUAACGCUAAAGAACAACCAAGCAAGCAAUUUACAGGGACCGAAAGUUAAAGCCGAGGAAGAAUUCAAAGUGAGGAUGUAUCAGUGAGGCUUAAGGGCGGAAGCUGACAUGCAUGUGGUCAAUAGGGCAAGGUCCCUAGUUGCAGCUCGGUAAAUUGGAAAAGAAUGCAAGCCAGAAAUCUGCUUGAAUUCGCUUACAUAAGACUCAUACUAGGUUGAUAAAUCCGAACAACAUCUUUUAGCUGCCUCAAGCGUGCAAACGUGACGGCCUGGCGUGUUCGAUCUGUAAAUUAAGGCACAGGAAGGCUCAAGUGUCAAGCACGGUGACCUGUAUGACCGUGCGACAAUUUAAAUGUGAAUCUAUCUGGGGUUAGUGGAGGUGGGAAGAACAACUUAAGCCAUUCAACCAUCAUCAUUAACAAUCACAAUGGAUGAAGGUAAACAACCCUUGAGUCAGGCUGAACAAAAGCAAAUGCAAGCCGAACAACAAAUACAACAAGCAGAGGCAGAAACAGGCACUACAAAUGUGCCACGACAAUUGAACGAUGGACAAGAACCACAAGUUUUAGAUCCAAGAUUCGAUAGAGAUGAUUUAAGACAAGGUAAACCACCUCCAGCCGUACGUAAACGUCAUGCAUUACGUAUCAGACGUAAACGUAAAGAAAAGGGAAAACCUCUAACAAAAGAAGAAAAAGCAAAAGCAACACAAGGAUCCGCUCAAACAGAAGUUGCAGAGGAUGAAGCAGAUAUGACUGAUGAAGAAGUAGAGCUUACAGACAUUGAAAGUGGUGGUGCUGAUGACGAUGACUCAAACGACAAGAAACCUGGACUGGUCAGCAAGAUUUUGGGAAAGAGCUAGAUGUAUAUCACACAAUCGUACUCUGUUUUGCUGCAACUGAAAUAGAUAGCAUGU